UGUUGCUGUUGUGAGAUUGCGGCACAGCAAGCGGCAACUGCUACGGCAAUAGAUUAUCGCCAUUUUUAAAAUUUUGGGAUUGAUCUAGUUCGGUGAAACUUCAUAAAAUUUAACUUUUCCUUAAUUUCGGACGCAAAAUCAAAGGGUCUUUCUAAGCAAUCAUGGGAGUGCAAGUUGAAACUACUAAGGCUGGCGAUGGUCAAACUUUCCCUAAGACGGGACAAACAGUCGUCGUUCAUUAUACGGGUACUCUUGAGAACGGGCAGAAGUUCGAUUCAUCUAGAGACAGGGGAAAUCCCUUCAAGUUUCGUAUCGGAAGGGGCGAAGUGAUCAAAGGAUGGGACGAAGGUGUUGCUCAAUUGAGCAUCGGUCAAAGAGCCAAGUUGACUUGUUCUCCGGAUUACGCGUAUGGAUCUAGGGGUCAUCCUGGAGUUAUUCCUCCGAACGCAACACUUAUUUUUGAUGUAGAAUUGUUAGAUAUAGAGAUGUAGAUUGCCUUAGAGAACAAAACCGAUUUUAGACUUUGCAUUUUUAAUGAACAAAUUGUUUUUUAAUAAUAAUACACCGUUGAUAAAAUUGUGUUUGAAAAUGUUUCGUCUAAAACCGCCUGUACCAAUAAUAACCAAUCAAUCAAUAAUAGUUCUCUAUAAUUAUCCAGAAACCAAUUUUUUUUUGUAUUUCUACUUAAUGUAUUAUAAUACAUAAAUUACGUAUUUUUCAUUGAUAUUGGUGACUUAACACAGCUUUUAUGUUUAUUUCAUUGCAUUUAUAGGUGUCGUGAUGUUCUAAUAAAAGAAUUUGAUGUCUUGUUUUUGUUUGUUUUUUGAGAAACACAUUCAAACAAAACUGUUCUUAUCCUUGACACUAAAACAUCUCGUUUUUUAACCCGGAACCACAGAGUAGACAACACUCU